CAGUGCCUCGGUGCGGGUGUUUCACCCGGCUGGGCGCUGUGGCCGUGGUGGCCCUGGGCUUGCCGCCGGCGCCCGUGACAGCAGCGUCGCGGAGCCGGCUACCCCGACCCAGGGCCGCUGCCGACCUCGCUGACAGAGCCGCAUCGCCUGGCGGGAUGGGGGGCGAUGCUGGAGCCGAUGGUCCCCGGGGCCGCAUCAAGAGCCUGGGGCUAGUGUUCGAAGAUGAGAGCAAGGGCUGCUACUCCAGUGGCGAGACAGUGUCUGGGCAUGUGCUGCUGGAGACUGCAGAGCCAGUGGCCCUGUGCGGGUUGCGCCUAGAGGCCCAGGGCCGUGCCACCUCUGCCUGGGGCCCGAGCACUGGUGCCCGGGUCUGCAUGGGUGGCACCGCUCCAGCAGCUUCCUCGGAGGUGGAAUACUUGAACCUGAGCUUGAGCCUACUCGAGGCCCCAGCUGGUGAAGGCGUCACUUUAUUACAACCUGGAAAACAUGAAUUUCCUUUUCGCUUUCGACUUCCAUCCGAACCGUUGGCAACAUCGUUUACUGGAAAGUAUGGCAGUAUUCAGUACUGUGUGAGGGCUGUUUUGGAACGACCCCAAGUACCAGAUCAGAGUGUAAAGAGAGAGCUCCAAGUUGUCAGUCACGUGGAUGUCAACACACCACCCUUAUUGACUCCUGUGCUGAAAACGCGGGAAAAAAUGGUUGGCUGCUGGCUUUUCACGUCGGGUCCCGUGUCACUGAGUGUCAAAAUCGAAAGAAAGGGCUACUGCAAUGGAGAAGCUAUUCCUAUCUAUGCAGAAAUAGAGAAUUGUUCAUCUCGCCUGGUUGUCCCUAAGGCGGCAAUAUUCCAAACCCAGACAUAUUUGGCUAGUGGAAAGACGAAGACAGUCCGGCACAUGGUUGCCAAUGUUCGAGGAAACCACAUUGGUUCUGGAAGUACAGACACAUGGAACGGGAAAAUGCUAAAAAUCCCACCUGUUACUCCAUCCAUCCUGGAUUGCUGCAUUAUCAGAGUGGACUAUUCCUUAGCUGUAUACAUUCACAUUCCUGGUGCUAAAAAACUGAUGCUGGAGCUGCCUCUAGUUAUUGGUACGAUUCCAUACAGCGGCUUCGGCCGCAGAAACAGCAGUGUCGUAAGCCAGUUCAGCAUGGACAUGAGCUGGUUGGCACUGGCCCUGCCGGAGCAGCCUGAAGCACCACCAAAUUACGCAGAUGUGGUCUCCGAGGAAGAAUUUUCCCGACACACUCCUCCGUACCCUCAGCCCCCUGACUGUGAGGGAGAAGCCUGCUACUCCAUGUUUGCCUGCAUACAAGAAUUCCGGUUUCAGCCUCCACCUCUUUAUUCAGAGGUCGAUCCACAUCCUGGUGAUGCCGAAGAGACCCAGCCCGUUUCCUUCAUUCUCUGAAGAGAUUCCAGAAUUCACUGUGUUGCUGCCAACUUAGACUGUUGGUUCUUUCACCUGCCUCGUUGGAGGAGAGAAAAAGUUACCUUAAGAGCACUGAUGCACUCCAAGUGUGAAGACAGAAAUGAAAGAAUAGGAGAACUCCUUAGCGGGCCAGUGGGAGGGUGACACAAGGUUUUAGGGUGGGGUCAGUUGGAAGCCCUGGCGAUGGGAGAGGAGAUGAAGGAAUGCCUGCACUGUUGGAGAGAGGAGUCCUGAGGAGUUGGAAUGUUACUGGAGUGUGCUCUGACCACACUCCAGUUAUGAACUUAUGGGCUUGGUAGGUAGACCUGAUUUCGGGAAACAAGACAGCUUUGAAGUGACUGUGAAUGAGGAAUUGAGGUCCCCAGGUUUCGGGGUCUGGCUUUGAAGUGACUGUGAAUGAGGAAUUGAGGUCCCCAGGUUUCAGAGUCUUCAUGAUUUCUUGCCCUGUUACCACAGCAGGGAUCAAGGUCCUUGAAAGUCUCCUUCCUGGAGCCCAUGGGCAUGUGAGAUCCGCAUGGAAGUGACAGUGUUUCCACUCUUCCAGAGGAGGUUGAGAUGUACGUUGAAGAUAGCUAGACUGCAUUAGGACGCCUGGAAUGGAUUCCUGAGAGGCUUGCCACAUCAAAAGGAAAGAGGAGAUCUCACAUGAAGUGUGCUGGGAAAGGCUGUACACCCUGCCACCUUAAGAACUUGUGCAGGAUGUAUGUUUUAUGUUCCUCAUCCCUUAUUUACCUAGGGGUUACUAGAAAAAGAUGGGGUAGGCAUGACAUCUUUAAGAUACCUGAUACCUACACAAAACAGAGUAUUUUCCUUAUCCUGCCUCUGGUGGCUGUGUCAGGCCUGCUCUCAGAACACCAGGCCUGACUGACCUUUGGGGUUACUGCUGUAUGCAGUUAGCAUGCUCCUUUCAACCUGUCACUAGACCUGAAACUAGACCAGGGGAAAAUUCCAUGAGCUCAGCAUUAAGUAGAACUAAAUUACAAACACCUAAGAUCUUAAAAGAACCCCCAACCCAAAAGAGGCCUGGAACGUUCCUGAACUCUUCCUGUGCUGAGGCUUCAAUGAGUGGAUGGUGGUUGCCACGUUGUGCGUUCUUACCACAGUCGUUAGUAAUUCCAUUUAAACUGUGAUUUUUUAAAAAUUGUUUUGGUGCAAUAUUUAGUUGCCAUUGAGCCUCAGGAUAAUCCAGACCUACAGGGCUGUGUUGGUGCUGGCAGGGUCAGCCAUGUCCUUACCAGCCCCCUCCCUUCCUGUUCAUGGUCCCACGCUCAAUUGUUUUGCCUCCAGUCUGUCCAGCCCAGGAGCUGAGAACAUUGCUGACACCAGGGAGGUUCUCGCAGUGGAGAUCUGGACCAGCCUGGUGCUGUCCAGGCAGAAAGUUGUGCUGUGUCCAUCAGGACGAUGGAUUUUAUCUCCAGUCACCAAGUUCACUUAAAGACAUUCGUCUAGGGUUAAAUUUUAUACUCAAAAGUCAGUGGGCCAUUUGUUCAGGGAUUUUGUACCAAUGUUAGAUAAAUGUCUACUUGUCCCCUCUGGGCAUACCUCUCUCUUCCGUGGUCAUGUUAGUGUCAAACACAUGUAUUUGGUUAUAAGCCACUGUCUGAAAUGCCAAAUGGUGUUGCCAGUAAUUGUGUUGUGGGAAUUACCACAACCCUUAUGUUAGUUGUUAGAGAUUCCGUUUGUCUUUUUGUUGUGUGUCUGUGAAGCGUGGUGUUCAAAUACUGUCUAAACCAGUUUUUGUUGUUACUGUAGAAAAGAUGAUGAGCUGUGUUUUGGCUCCCAGGCUGUAGUUUACAUGCUCUGUCAAGACACGGUCCAUCUCCAUGAAACCAAAACAAAGGGAAAGAAAGUGACAGUGUGCACAGAGAGAAAUAGAACAGGUUGGCUCCCUGUAGAAAAGCCAUUGCAGCUAGUUUGCUUAGAGAAAUCAUGAAGUCCCCUGCAAAAACUGAAGCAAAGCUAACAGUCGCAUUCAAGAGAAUAGCUCAGAGACACAACUCUAUAUGGGUCUGUCUGACCCGAAGCUUAUAGUUGGGAUAAAGUGAAUAUAGAAAACUAUGACAGAGACCCUUCGAAUGAAGAUCAGACUUUAGCUGCUAAUACUUUCCUGUUUAGUCCCCUCUUGCUCUCAUUUAGUUUUGGAAAAAUGAAAAGUGCCCUUAGGAUUUUCUUUUUGAUGUCCAAAGUUUGAGAUUGAAAGUGUGUUUUGAGGCACAGAGAUCUUUCCUUCCCUGGGCAGAAUUUUACUUUCUGUGUUUUUGUUUUGCACAAUAAGAAACUCAGUAGGCAAGGGUUAUGUUUUUGAUAAGUUCACUAGCUUCUUAAAAUUUUUAUUAAAAAUUUAAUAACUUAACCAAGGGGAAAAUAAAAAUUGUAUUUUGUACUCUUGUUUGAACCCCAUGGGUUCCUUUUGUUAAUAAAAUGGUUAUACUUAA